AGCUGCUUUCUUCCCCUCAGGAGGAGGAGGGGGAAGAACAAGAAAUUUCCACCGCUCCGCCGGGUGGCCCUCCGCACUCGUCCCCCAUGCCCUGCUCUCUCACCCCUUCAACCCUGCGUCGAAGUCGGAACCUGCCCUACACCGGAACUGUCGGCCACGCCUCCGCGCCGCACUUCGGACCUCGCUCGGAGUCGCACCACGAAGAGCGGAAGUGGAGGGCGGAUCUUCCUGUUUCCCCCGCGGCGGCGGCCUGGUCCUCGGUAGGUCCUGCCGGGCUUCUGGCACUCGUGGUGCGGCCGGGAUCGCGGUCCUUUGGGCGGACCCGAACGACGCUGCCAUGGCCGGCGCUGUGGACUUCAGAACGAAUGCGGAUCAAGCUUGCAGAGCUGCUGAAGAAUUUGCAAGCAUUUACUAUGAAACUAUGGAUAAAAGACGGCGGGUGUUGACCAGGCUUUACCUGGACAAAGCAACAUUAAUCUGGAAUGGGAAUGCCAUCUCUGGACAAGAAGCUCUGGCUGACUUUUUCGAAAUGCUGCCUUCCAGUGAGUUCCAGGUGACCUUGUUUGACUGCCAGCCUGUUCACGAGCAAGCAACUCUGAACCAGGCCACAGUCCUUGUCGUGACUUGCGGGAUCGUGAAGUUUGACGGCAGCAAUAAACGCUACUUCAACCAGAACUUCUUGUUAACAGCGCAGACCACAAACAACAACACGGUGUGGAAGAUCAUGAGCGACUGCUUCCGCUUUCAAGACUGGCAGAGUUAGGGGGUGUAGGAAGCAGGCGCUUUGGGCAACGGACUCCGUUUUUUGAAUGGUCAAAGACUGGAAACGAGAUGUUUCUCCUCCCCCCCCCCCCCCCCCCGUAGUCCCUUUGCUCUUUUGGAAGUUGUCAGGACUUACUGGUUUUGUGACAGAACAAAACUUUAAACCAUGUUUAGAACGGAAGAACUUCUGUACCGUCAAGAUAAGCUCUGCUGCAGGAAAAAGCUUUUCCUUCCGGGGGGGGUUGUGACGCUAGUGGGGUGCCGCGGCAUUGGAAUUCCGGGAAAUUCUCUUCGGGUGCUGCGGAAGAGUCUCUCGCCGUAAUGUGUUGUGUACAGGUUGGACGCCGGCUCUUCUACACGUUUUUUGUUCCAACCCGCUUCCCUGCUGAUCACUGUCACUCUCCACUUGUAUGUUUUUGUGAGAAAUUAAAAAAAAAUACCUCUAGCUGUGAUAGAAAA